GACUCAAACGCACGGGCAAAUGAUGGACGGACUCCUCUGCAUACUGCAGUGGACUACGGACAUGAAGAAGUGAUCCGGAAUCUGGUUCGGCACGGCGCCGAGCUGGACGCUAAAGACGAGGACGGCCAAACGCCACUUCACAUCGCAGCAAUGAAGAGGCCGUUUCCUCCCCCCAUCCUCCAGCUCCUCCUCGACGCUGGCGCAGAUGCCAAGGAGAAGAUGGAGGGCGACAUCACGCUGGCGCAUAUCACCGCCCUCAACGGAUCCCCAAACUCUCUACGCCUCCUGCUGCAGCGCGGAGCGGAUACCAACGCCGCCGACAUGCUCGGCAGGACGCCGCUCCACCUCGCCGCACGCAACAGCCACCCGGAGUGUGUCUCGGCUCUG